AUGAGGGGAGAGUACGGGGCCGGCGAGGGACUGUGGGAGCGGCUGGGUGACCUCCAGCGGAGGCUGGACGACGAGCGGGAGUCCUGGACGAGGAAGUGGAGGGUGUUCCACGACGGGCAGGAGAGGCAGGCGAAUCUCAUCUCCAGGCUGCAGGCCAAGUUGCUGCAGUACCGGCAGAGGUGUGAGGAGUUGGAGACGAACCUGCACGAGACCGAGGUGCAAUAUGCAGAUCAGCUCCGCGGUAGCGAGGAGGAGCACACCCGGGACCUGGAGGCUGCCCUCGCCCGACUGGAGGACGAGCAGAGCAAAAACAGAGAUUUGAGUCAUGUGAAUACACUGCUGAAAGAGCAAGUUGAACGAGCUCAGGAGGAACUGCUUCGUGCUCAAGAACAGUUUCAGAGGAAAGAGGAGGAUUGGAAGAAAGAGGAAGAGGGCUACACGACCUAUUUCACCUCCGAGCACACGCAUCUGCUCGCCCUGUGGAAGGACGUCAUUGGCUUCCGGCAGGGGUUCAACCAGUUGAAAUGGGCCACUGAGAAGGACCUCGCCCGGGUGAAGCUCGACAUCGGCCGGGCCGGUCAGGAGGUCUCGACCGCUUGUCUCCGGGCCGUCUCUCAGGCUCAGCUCGGCACCGCCGAGAAGACAGCCGACUUGUGGCAGCGUCUGGGGGAAUUGCAGAGGAAACAGAGUCAGUGGAACAUGGAGAAGGAAAGUCUGGAGAGCCAGAUCAAGGAGCACCAGGCCCAAGCCCAGAAGCUUCGGGUUCUGCUCGACGAGAAGGAGACUCUCAUUCAGAGUCUCAGGAGGGACAUCCAGGAAGCGGAUGCAGGCCAUUCUGUGAAGUCCAGGGGUCCCAGUGCACCCGAUCCCAUGGGCGAUGGUGAAGGUGGGAUGUCGUUAGGGAAGAUGAAGGAUGAGGUCUAUCUCCUCCAAGGAGCUCUAAGGGACAUCGCCCAGCUGGUGGUAGACGAUGCCGAUCGACAGGACGGAGAAGAGCACGAUAAACCACAGAGCAUCUUUCUUCGAUCUUCUGGUCUCCUUCGAAGCCCAUAUAGUUCAUUCAGGUCUAGGGGAAGGGCAGAAUUCCAACCAACCUCUCCUGCCCUUGCCGACGGCACGGUCUCCGCUGUUCAGGCUGCACUCAAUCGCAGACAACUUCAGGUCCAUGACCUCCAGGUGAAAUUGAGUUCUGCCAGAGAGCAGCUGAUUCUGGUGAGAAAACAAAGUGAAAAUGCAGAGGAGUCAGUUCGGAGUCUGGAGAGGCAAAUUGAAACCCUUCGCAAUGAUAACACUCAGCUGCAGCAAGUCAAAGAAGAAUUGGCCAAAGACAGGGAUCGAAUCUCCUCUCAAAUGGAAAACCUCAAGGCCAAUUUAUCUUCCCUGGAGAAGUCCAAGGCUGCUAUGGACAAACAGAUGGAGAGCCUGAUAAUGGAGAAGGAAGGUCUACGGAGGAGCAAUGAGGAACUGAGAGUUGGCAGUGAGACUUUGGAGGAAGAGAAGGAUUAUUUAGCCUCCGAGAUACAGCACUUGAAGGCCGAGCUUCAGAAGAAUGAGAAUCAGAUUCAGAGCUCGGAAGAACAGAUCACGAGGCUGAAGGAGGAGGUGGUGUCCCUCAAGAGCUCCCUCGAUAAGUCUACCCUGGCCAAGGAUGUCCUCGAACAGGAGAAGAACGACCUGGACAAUGCCCUCCAUCAGUCUGAUAUGAGAAGAGGUCAACUGGAGAGCGAAGUGAACAGAUUACGGUCAGAGCAGAACAGUCUCAGAGAUGCCCUACUCAAAGUACAAAACCUCAAUGAUACCAUUGGCCAGGAUAAGCACAGUCUCACUGACACCAUCAAACAGAUGGAAGCAGGAAAGGCUCUGCUUGCAGCUGAGAAGGUGGAACUGAGCAAGGAACUGACCUUGCUGAAAGAAGAACAUGCGAAACUUGAAGAAUCUAGAAUGGAUCUGGAAGCAGCAAAGAUGAAUCUCGAAGAACAGCUCCACUUGGCUAGUGUUGAUAAGGAAAAGGUUGAGAGUGAGUUACGAGAGAGGAAUAAGGAAAGGAACGAUCUCCUGAUGGAAGUGGCUGCCCUGGGGAGGCAGAAGGCUCUCCUGGCCGACGAGUUAAUCACUGCACGUAAAGAAACCGAGCGGCUCAACUCGCUCUGCGACCAGAAUGAAUCUCAUAAGGAGGAACUCCACAAAGAAAUGUCCACACUUCAGGUUCAGCUAAAAGCUGCCGAGAAGGAUGUGGCAAAUCUGCGAGAGACCCUGGCGACAUUGAGAGCAGGGAAGGAAGCCUUGGAGAUGAAUCUGUACGAGGCUCAGGCGGCGUUGUCUCAGCUGGAGAUCCGGAAAGAGCAGCUGGAAGGGGAGAAUCAAGACCUCCUGAUGAAGAAGGAGAGCCUGAGCAAGGAACUGUCGACCGAAAGGUCCGAGCGCUCGGCGGAGAUGGAAAACCUCAGGACCCAGUUGUCUGACGGAAUCAGGAGACUGGAGUCGGUCGAGGUCGAAUACUCCAAGAAGAUGAGGGAGUUGAAGGCCGACUACGAGGAGAGGCUGAGUGCCACCGUCGACGAUAAGACAAGUCGUGUGGGAGAGUUGGAGAAGCAGAUCUUGGAGUUGACCACCCAGAUGAGAAGAGAAAAAGAAGCCCUAAUGAAUGAGAAGGAGGAGGAGACAGAAGCUCUGCAAAAAGAAAUUGAAAUGCUAAAAAGAGAAUUUGACGAGGCCCUCGUCCUGGCUGAGAAUGAUAAACAGCAGGGUCUUCUUCUUGCUCAACAGGAGCAGAGUAUCCUCCAGGAAAGGAUAAACUCUCUGACCAAGGAAAUGGAAGGAAACCAGAAAGAGGUGGAGCGCAUCAAACGAGAGGGGAGCAGUCGGAGUGACCAGGAUCGCUCUGAGAUCUUCCUUCUUCAGGGGCAGGUCACCAAGCUGAAAAACCAACUCCAUGACAUGGCUGCAGAGCAGGAAGCGAGGAUUGCAGAACUGGGGGGAGAGCUGGAAGAAGCAAAAGGGGCUCAAGAAAAUGCUGUAAAAGAGGCUUCCGAAUUGAAGGCUCAGCUCCGUGUCUUGGAGGAGGGGAAGGCUCAGCUGAAUCGAGACAUCACAGAACUGCAAAGGAAAAUAACCGAGAGCGAGAAGAAGCAAGACAACCUGAGGAAGGAACUCGAGGAUGCCCGAAGGAGACUCGGGGAGGAGUCUCACGAGAAGGAUGCUUAUCACCAGAGCAAUAAUGAACUCAGGGCAUUGAUCAAGAAGAGCGAGGCAGAGAAGACGGAGGCGAAGCGCGUGUCGGAGGAAGUCAAGAAGCGACUCGCUGUAUUGGAUGAAAACAAAAGCCACUUAGAAAAGGAGAUAUCUGCUCUGCGCGACGGGAUCAGAGAAGCCGAGAGGUCGCAGGCGGACGCCCUGAAGGAGAUCUCCGAUUACCAGAGACGGAUGACGGCCCUGGAAGGAGAGCUGCAGGUCAAAGAUGCUGAGCUCACUGAUGUCUCUGGCAAGCUCCAGCGGGAAGAGGAGAGAGGCGAUGCAGCCCGAAAGGAGCUUGCUUUUCUCAAGACCAAGGCAGCAGAUGUGGAGAUGGAGCGAGAUGGUCUCGUGAAAGAUAUCGAGGCGCUGAACCGUAAGUUUUUUGACCAGGAAGAGACAGUAACCGUGAACCAAGACGUCAUCGAGAAGGCACUCGAAGAUGCUGCCGAGACGCAGAAGAAGCUGGAAGAUGAGAAGCGGGUCCUGGAAAGCUCUCUCGGUGACUCCUCUGCUCUUGUACAAGAGCUCAAGAUGAAGUUGAGCAGUGCAGAGUCGAAGAUGGUGGCCCUGGAAGCCCAGAUUUCCCACUUGGAAACAAGUAAAAGGGAAGUGGAGGGGAAACUGACUUCCAUUUACUCGUCUCUGAGGAGAGUGGCAGGGGUGCGUCUGGACGGAGGGGGAUGGUCGCAGCCGUGGAGGCCUCCGAGCCCCUUGCGACGCCGGCCAGGGAUGAAAGGUCCGGUGUUGGACGAAGAGGACGAAGACGUACGAACGACGAGGACGUCGAGGCUGUCCGAAAGCGUUGCCGAGAAGGAAGGCCUGGUCGAGAUCGACCCCGAAGCCGUUCGCAUCGGACUACGUGAACUCAUGCAGCAGGUCGUCAAGAUCGAGAAGGAACGAGAUGAUGCUUUGGCUCACAGCGUUACAUUGGGGAAGGAGGCGGAAGAGCUGAAAGAGAUACGGAAGGACCUCGAAGACCGCGUCUCUUCCUUGCAGAAAUCCAUCAGCAGCUGCGAAGGCGAUAAGGCAGAACUAGAAUCCAGGCUGCAUCACCUGAGUCUCACACUGGCUGACAGAGAGGAAGGCAUUACCAGUAAGGAGAAGGACCUGAAGCAACAGAUUGAGAAGGUUGCCAACUUGGAAAGAAAGAUUAGUGGUCUUGAAACAGGGAAAGUAACUGCUGAAGAACGAUUGGAGAAGAUGCGCCAGUCGGAAUCUCGAUUGGAGAAGGAGAGGCGGAACCUACGAGAAGCCCUAGAAGCAUCAGAAUCCAAAGCCUCACGCCUGGAAUUGGCCAAGAGGUCCCUUGAAGGAGACCUUCAGAGGAUUCAGAUGGCUUUGGUGGAAAAAGAGAAUGAGAAUCAGGGGCUGAAAGAACGCUGCGAGGCUACGAGUCGAGAUGCCAGGCAGCUGGAAGAAAAAGUGGCCACCAUGGUGGGAGUGAUCGAGCGACUGAACACCAGCCUGGAAACGGCCAAUCAGGGCGAGUCCACCUUGAAGGAAAAAGUGGAUAACCUGAGCAAGAGCCUCUCCGUGACGUCCACGUCCACCCAGAGCCUGCAAGAGAAGAUUCAGCAGCUGCAGAAGCGAGUCGCAGAGAGCGAGGCCGAGCGUCGCAUCCUGCAGGAGCGCUGGGAGAACGGGAAGGGGACGAUCGCCGAGCUGCGACAGUCGAACCAGAGCCUCUCCGAUCGCCUUCAGGCGCUUCAGGGCGAUCUGAAUGCAAUCACCUUGGCUAAGGCACAGCUGGAAUCACAGCUCAAGAACUCGGAAAAGGCCGUGGCUCAGGUGAAGGGGAAGGAAGGAGACAUGGAAGAGAAGCUGAAGAAUUGUUACGAACAGCGCCAGGCCCUGUCCGAGCAGGUUGCCAUCCUCCAGAGGAAGGUGAACUACCUGGAGGCAGAGAAGAAGGAGUCCGAGCGGUCUCAGGUCCGCCUGGAGAAGGACAAGACGGCCCUGCGAUCCAUGCUCGACAAGAUGGAGAGGGAUCGUCUGCUCAGCGACGAACAGGCGAGACAGAUCUCCGAGCAGCGGAUGGGACUCGGUCACAGCCUGAGCGCCCUCGAGCAGGAGAACCAGGAGCUCCUCCGCCGGGUCCAAGUCCUGGAGAAGCAGAUCGCGGAGAUGGAGUCGGACCACGCCAAGCGACUCCUCGAGCUCACCUCCCGGCACAGACACGAGAGCGUGUCCGAGUUGGGGCGAGUGAAGAUGCUUCAGGAGCAGGCGGAGAAAGUCCUUCAAGCGAGAGAGAAAACGUACAAACAGCGCAUCAAGGGACUCGAGGAGCAGGUGCAAGCCCUGAAGGAGCAGCUGAGCUCCGAGAUCAAGAAGCGGCAGCUGUACAUCCUCCGCACCUCCCGAGCGGGCGAGGACGUCCGAGAGCUGCGACAGAGCCUGGACGACUCCCUGCGGGCGGUGUCCCAGGACCCCGACCUCAACGCCCUGCUGCUGGAGCACGAGGCGAGGAAACUGGACCUGGCGCUGGGGCAGCACAGGGUCGGGGGGAGGGCCGGGCCCUCCUCGAUCGUGCGGUCGCCGUCGCUCGGUCGCCUGCCCGCGGGUCACAAGCGUCAGCUCACUUUCUCGUGAGCGGGGACGCUUUUCGCGAGCGGGACGUUUUUCGUGGGAGGUGGUGGGGGAGUCGUGUUUUUAACCCUUUCAGCGGUCAGAGGUCGAACGGUCGAGAUGGGUAACAGGGUCUGAAUGGUCUUUGAAUAUGGAGACCUCUUUGAAGAGCCCUCGAGUAUGAAAACGAGGAACUACAUCACCUCUGAGAGGAGAGCAGAGCUGAGAGCUAGUUCUCGUUCGUGUCUGCUGGGGGGGGGGGAGUCUUUUCGUCUAAUUGCUGCGUCGUUGCUUAGUCGUUUUUAUCCGAAUCUCGUCGUGGGUGGGUUUGAAUGGUAGGCCAGAAGAGGCGUGCGAUGUGGACCUACUUAGAGGGUUUUUUGCUAUUUUCUUUUCGGUCGUGACCGUGUUUAAUUUAUUCGUCGGUCGUGACCUGAUUAUUGGAGGCGCAUUUAGAUAGGAGAAAGCACGAAGGAUGGUCUCAUUUAGGGCACUUUCCCGGGUGUAAGUGUUCGUAUGCAUUAGCGUAAGAAGUUACCAAUCCUUUGGGAUCUCAUUGUCAUUACCAAGUGGCACGUUAAUGGCCAAGUGGCUGCUCGAUGGAGGUGCUGCAGUCGAUCCGUCUACUUCGGUCCGUCCACUGUGCAGAAACUGUGCCUGGACCUUUGGCAAUUUUUUUUUGCGGAAUCUCGAUGUGACCAGAGCGUUUUUUUUGGCAUCCCAGUGCAUUGUUGGAGUCGAUUGAAUGAUUCACAAUAAACCGGAAAAUUUGAGAAA